CGGUCUGCUAUUUCCGCCGCCGACACUGUGUCAGAAUACCAGGCCAGCCGCUCAGCUCUUCUCUGCAGCAGGACCUUACCUGUUCCUCGUUCCAGCGCUGUACAGCCUUCCUGCGCCAGCAUCUUUAGUGUCCACAGUCUAUGGUCAUCUCCUGUACUGUCUGCAGUCUCUUGGUCAUCCCCUGUACUGCCUGCAGUCUCUUGGUCAUCCCCUGUACUGCCUGCAGUCUCUUGGUCAUCCCCUGUACUGCCUGCAGUCUCUUGGUCAUCCCCUGUACUGCCUGCAGUCUCUUGGUCAUCCCCUGUACUGCCUGCAGUCUCUUGGUCAUCCCCUGUACUGCCUGCAGUCUCUUGGUCAUCUCCUGUACUGCCUGCAGUCUCUUGGUCAUCCCCUGUACUGCCUGCAGUCUCUUGGUCAUCCCUGUACUGCCUGCAGUCUCUGUCACCCUGUCUGCAGUCUCUUGGUCAUCUCCUGUACUGCCUGCAGUCUCUUGGUCAUCUCCUGUACUGCCUGCAGUCUCUUGGUCAUCUCCUGUACUGCCUGCAGUCUCUUGCUCAUCCCCUGUACUGUCUGCAGUCUCUUGGUCAUCUCCUGUACUGUCUGCAGUCUCUUGCUCAUCCCCUGUACUGUCUGUCUUGCAUCCCCUGUACUGUCUGCAGUCUCUUGGUCAUCCCC